AUGUAUAUAAUCAAGUUGAAUUACAUGAAAAAAGCAGUACUCGUGGAAUGGCACUCAUGUCGUUUUUAUUACAAAGUAAAAAUCAAUGUACUAAGUCUUUAUUAUCAAAAAAAACACAGUGAACAUGUAUUACAAAGACGGCUAGUGUUACGAAGAAUAAUAAAUAUUAUUAAAUUUAUUGGAACUCAGGGUCUGGCAUUCAGAGGAAAACAUGAAGCAGCAUUUUCGCUUGACAAUAAUAAUACUAAUCAUGGAAAUUUUCUUGCACUAGUUUUACUACUUGCCAAAUAUGAUCCUGUACUUGAUCGCCAUGUUAAUACAUCGAUAGAAGCAAGUAAAAAAAGAAAAGAAACUCAUCAUAAUACUAAAGGCCUUGGUAACUUAGUAACUUUUUUAUCUAAAACAACAAUUAAUAAACUUAUUAAUAUUUGUGGAAAUCAAAUUCAAUUGGCAAUCGCUUCUCAAGUAAAAGAAGCGUGGAAGUUAAGUUUAGAAGUAGACUCGUGCCAAGAUGUAGGAGUAAUGGAUCAAGUUGCAAUUUGUGUUAGAUAUGUACGAAAUGGCAUUGUACAUGAAAGAUUAUUAUGUAUGACUCCUAUCCGUACUGCUGGAAGACAAUAUUUUGAAUUGGUCAAAACUAUUUUGAAUAAUUUAGGGUUAGAUAUUAGAAAUAUAAUCAUUUCAGCUUUUGACGGUGCUAGUAAUAUGUCUAGAAGAUAUAACGGACUCCAAGCAGCGUUAAAAGAAGUGUCGCCUUUAAUGAUUUAUACACAUUGUUAUGCUCAUUCACUUAAUUUAGUUAUGGUUGGCUCAUGUUCAAGUUGCUUAGAAGCACGCUUAUUUUUUGGAUUAUUAGAAAAAGUAGCAGUAUUUAUAGGAAAUCCUUAUAAACGUACAUCAAAGUGGAUUGAAAAUUUGGAUCAAUUGGUUGAAGGACGUGAGACACUGAGACGAUUACAAAAGAUUGGAACUACUAGAUGGUGGGCCAAAGAUAAAGCGCUUGAAACUAUAUUUGAUGUAAACAGGUAUUGGCCAGAAGGUGCCUUGAAUAUGAGCUGGCCAUCCUUGCGGUCCGAUGUGUAA